AUGAGAGGUGCAGCAGCAACGAGUGGAUUGCAGUAGUCGGCGAAAGAUUAUUCGAACACAACCUAACACACAAUUCAUAUCGAAAGACUUUAAAUACAUUCCCUUUUUAUUCUCUUUCGAAAAUCAUCCAGAACAGGCAACAGCUUUGCCCUCGACAGAGCAAACUGAGUGUCUUAUUUUUGUCUAGAGCCAUAAAGCACAGUGUGUCAGUUCGUAUGAAGCUUUUUUGUCCAUAAAGACUUGAAUAAUGUCAACGACAUCGCUGGACAAAGAGCUGCAAGAGCGUCUGAGAGAGGCCAGUGCCAUCGGGGACAUUGAUGAAGUGAAGACUUUAGUGGAGAGCGGAGUGAACGUCAACUCACAGAAUGAGAUUAACGGAUGGACAUGUUUGCAUUGGGCCUGUAAAAGAAACCACAAACAGGUAGUGGCCUAUCUUUUGAACGCUGGAGCCGACAAAGACAUUCUAACUGCGAAAGAGGAGUUAGCCGUUCAACUCACAUCGAAGCCUGAAAUCAGAAGACUACUUGGAGUGGAAGAAGAAUACGUGCCUGAGGUUAAGGAGCCUGAGCUGCCGAUCAUUCCAAACUAUCUUUCCAACCCGCCCUUCCUGUACAGCAAGGUGGAUAAUGAUAAUCUGAGCAUAGCACAGCAUGUGUCGCAAAACGGCACCAACAAUCACUCUGAGCUUCUGGAGUCUGAACCAGCUACUUUGUCCCCAACACAAGAGCGGCAACUUCCACCUCAACAUCAACAGCCCAAGAGCCUUUACACGGACACCCAGAGCCAGCAAGAGUUGCCCUACAUCCCUGUUAUGGAGCACAAUGGCAUGGUACCAAACCUGGUGGUCAAUGGCACCCUGCCCAUGGAGCUCUCCACAGACACUCAUCACACCAAUCACUGCGAGUUUUCUCAUCCUCAUACUAUAGCACAGAAUGGCCCAGUGUGUCCCACGCUUUCUUCUCCCAGCGGGACCACCGGUCAGCCGCAGGUUCCCAACGCCACCAUCACCUGCCAGCAGUCAGUCCCGCAGCAGAUCAACUGCUCCCAGCUCGGUGGCUCUAUGCCUGCCUUCCAACCCUUCUUUUUCACCAGCACUUUUCCAGUCAAUGUACAAGAGCUAGUCCUGAAGGUGCGGAUCCAGAACACUAACGUGAGAGAGAACGACUUCAUCGAGGUGGAACUGGACAGGCAGGAGCUGACAUACCGCGCGCUCCUCCGCGUCUGCUGCCGUGAGCUGGAUAUCAGCGCCGAACACGUGGAGAAGAUCCGUAAGCUGCCCAACACCAUGCUCAGAAAGGAUAAAGAUGUGGCACGGCUACAGGACUUUCAGGAGUUGGAGGUGGUGCUGGAGAAAACGGAAGGCUUGUCGCUGUUCUCCGGGGGUCAGGGAGGACUGACCGAUAGGCCCUGCUACAACAUGAAGGCCUCCAGGCUCACCUACUAGCUUCACAGUAGUGCCAGCAUAGGGCAUGCUGACUCGCUGUCCAUCUGGGACUGUCUUACUCAUUUUGGAUCCCAAAGCAAGCUCCCAUCUUUCGCCCUUUUGGGUCGGAAAACCAUUCAAGUACAUAAUAACAUAUUAGCCUUAUUCCUCCUCUCCAAGUUUACAUAUUCCCCUUACUCAUUAAAAUAUGUAUCUUUAGUGCCUCCUCCUCCAGUGUAACCAUAGACAUUUUGAUUUUCAGUCUUAAAAAGCUUUGCCAGGUUCAACUCUUGAGAGGCUUUGAGAAAAUCACCUCUCAUCGCUUGAGUUGAUAUUUAAAUACAUUCAGCUCAUGAUUGGAGCUGGGAACAUAUUCAAAUCCACCCAUCUGCAUAGUGUUGUUCCAUGGCGUUUGUUCAGAUCUGUCUCACUGCCUUGCCUUCAUAUCGGGUCACUGUGUAAGAGUAGGUGCGUUCGGUCACUUCUGAUUGGUUGAUUGAACAUCCAGCCCACAAUGCAUACACAAUACUCACCUAUUUUAAGAGUGUUGUCAUAAAUGCUGCCAAAGCACUCGUUCAAUUAUUUCAACUUGUAAAACACUUUUAAAAUGGUUUUUUGGGUUUUAUGCUUGCAUUGACUGGAAGAAGCCACAAUUUAAAUAUAUAUUCCAUAUAUAUACAGACAUGCUUCGAAAUGAAGAAACAUUUUGUUGCCAGACAACUCUGUGCUCUUUAACAACAACAACAACAAAAUCUGGGGAAAGCUUUCUUUUUAUUUAACCAUUUCGAAUUUCAGUGCUGUAUUUCAAAUGCUGUUUUAUCAGUCAUUGUAAGCCAAAUAACUUGUUCUACAAACUCUUCUAUAUACUGUAAGCAUGGGCUGUUGGGAAUAGACUGUAUGAUCUUGUAUGAAGGCAACAUUUCCCUUGUUUCUCUUGAACUAAAAAAUGUAGCACAAGCUUUCUUAUAUUCCCCAUAGGAGGUGUUUAAUUGGAGAUAUUUAUCCACAAAGAGCUUCCAUUGGUUCUCAUAUUGAAUUCCAUUGAGAAGGUUUGGCGCUUUGAAUUUAAUUUAAGAUAUGUAAUACUGACAUUUGUUAAGCAGGAUCUCUAUUUAAGGUAGCCCAGUAAUAGUAGUGCCAUUUUAUGAAAUACAAUAGGUUUGGAUAACUAAAGACUUUGGGCAAAUGCUUGAGGUUUGAUUUAGAGGAGAUGCAUAAACACUACGUGGUUGUAAAUUAGCCUUUUGACUCGAUAGAGGUUGUGUUACUGUGAGAACAAUACUCUGAAGUCAUAAUUUCUAAAGAUUUGUCUACUAAGGAAUUGGUUUUAGUUUUGUUGGAGGGUUUGUUUAACCAAGCAUAUUAUCAUUAAACAUUUGUUAAUGUUAUUGUUGUUCAAACUUAACAUUAGCCCCUUGAAAAGACAUUGCUAAAUUAUUUACUUUUCUAAUUGUGCAAUUUUUUUUAGUGUGAUAUAUGCUAAAUACUAGAAUUUGAGGAUUAAAAGAAGUAUUAUACACUUCAGUUUAAAUGAAACAAUCUGUCUCUCUAAUUAUUAUUUUUUUAUUAUUAUUAUUGUAAAAGGCACAGCAAAGAAAAACGGCCCUGGCCCUUUAUAGGUUUUUUUUUUUUUUACCUUCGAAGGAGGCAGGUUUAAAAGUUCAGGAGUUAGUAUACAAAUUAGAAAAGCGCUUGACCAUAUUCUAAUUUGUCAUGUUCUUGAAAUCAUUGAGAGCCAGAUAUUUUACAUGUUCCAUGUGAUGCAACAGGUGUCUUUUGUUUUUCUGGUGUUUGCUAAAGAAAAAAUACAGACUAUAUUACUCCUUUGAUAAGCAUGGGACAAAGUUAUCCAUAUCUUUGCUUCCUGAAUUUAACUGCAUAUGGAGAGACCAUCUUUAUUGGAACAAAACACUAAUCCAUUGCACCAUGCCAUUGCAAACCCUCACCAAUAGAGGACAGUCUUGGUAAAAGAUGAGACCACAGACAGCACUAUGCUUCCUGUAGGAGGAAAAGUGUUUUUCCACACCAUUACACUCAGUAGACCUCUGCUGGAGCUUGUGUAGGGUCUAUACAGCACUUCAGAGUUUUUGGCCCUGACUAUGCAGCAUUCCAAAGACGUUUCAUAAUGACUUAAAAUCCAUUUAGCUGUUUUUUCCCAUCUUUGUUGCAGGGCUGAUGUAUGGUAUUUUUAAUGGACCUUAUACCGCAGUCCCUUAAAUCACGGCCAUCUUGAUCCAAGAUCAGCUUCUAUGGUCUGGCUCAAAAAGCUAUGGCAUGUAUUAGGAAAAAGAAGGAAUAAAGGAUAUGAUCUUUCAGGGCAUAGAUGCAACUCAAAGUUUCAUUCAAAUUAUGGAAACAAUAAAACAUGGGUUCCGUCAAUGAAAUGUAGAUUAAUCUUCAGUUGUCAGACAAGCCAGUCUAGGACAAGCUGAAAAUUGCAAUUAUAUUGCUAAUAUAAAGUGCAAUUAUAACAUUUUUAAUUAGGCAAACUGUAUUUAAUGUAUUGGAACAUUCGCUAUCACAGACACCGGGUUAAUCAUUUAUAUAUAUAUAAUAAUUUUAUUUAAUUAUUACUGUGAUACAUACAUUUUAGAAAUUAAAAUAAGUUAGUGUGCAAUUUGAGUCUUUUGCUUAAGGUGUGUUGGCCUUCUUUAUAGGAAUGUUCUGAGUUCAAUACAAGUUAAGCUCAAUCAACAUUUGUGGAAUAAUGUCAGUCACCACAAAAUAUUAUUUGACUCACCCUUCGUCAUUUUAGGGUUUACUAGUGUGUCAUGUAGUCAUGGCAACGUAGUUUUAAAAUUGGAUAUAAUUUUACACUAAAAAUGUUAUUAGGUAAGAGAUAACGUACUGUCAGCCGGUUGUUAUCGCAAAAUAAACCCCGACAGGGUGAUCAUGGUUCUCAUAUCAGCCUGAAGGGGUUUAUUUUGUGAUAACCGGCUGACAGUACAUUAUCCCACUUAUAACAUGGCUAUUAACCAAAUAAAUGAAUACAUGAAAAUAUUGAUUUGCGUUGGAAUUUUGUAAUUAUGUGAGAAGAAAUAAAUCACUGAACAACUGAAAUCCAUCUUUCCAUGU